CGGGAAGUUGUUGCUGUAGCAGUAAACGAAGAAGAAGACGCUUUUGAGAGGACAUCGCCAUACAUUCCCCGCGAGUCUACGGCAUUUAUCGACUGAAAACCGGUAUAAGAAUAUACGCCUAAAGCACUUGGGAUUUUUAGGCUGAAGCAGAAUCCAGUGUAUCCAGUUUCAACUUGAGGAAUUUGAUCUCUCUUACCUCACUAACACGUUUCAGGAUUGUGGACGGCAAUUUUAAUACACUUGUUACCGAACAAAACAAACUGUUUCCAAACUUUUGACACAUACAAAGAAAGAAAACGUCAGGAUCAAGUCAUGUCUCGCCGAAGAAGCCGCAGCCCAUCACCAAGGGACUUAAAACGUUCCUGCAGCAGUAAUGAUCCUCGAGAUUUGGAGAGAAGAAUUUUUGUUGGGAAUUUGCCAACCUCUGACAUGGAAAAGAAGGAUUUGGAAGAGAUGUUCAAUCCAUACGGGAAAAUUGUCGGCGUAUCCAUGUUUCGUGGGUUUGGAUUUGUACAAUUUGAACGUGUUGAGGAAGCCGAAGCUGCAAAGGCUGCCCAAAAGGGUCGAAUAUAUAAAGGUUAUAAAAUAGAUGUAAAUAUGGCAGUGGAACGACGGCAAGUUAAACCUCAAUCCCAGCCGAGCCCCCCACGAAGGGCCCCAUACGGCAGUUAUGGAGACAGCAAGGAUCCUCGGCCUCGAUCCCGCUCACCUGCUUAUGGACGAGAUGGACGGGAGCCACGGGACAGCCGCGAUGGGAGGGACUCUGGUCGAGAGCCAAGGCCAGGCGGUCACUCCCGUGACAAUGAUUACCGCUACCGUAGCUCAGAGAGCAGAGACAAAGACGUCAGAGGAGACCCACGAGACACAAGAGAUUCACGAGACCCACGAGAUUCACGAGACCCAAGAGAUUCACGAGACCCACGAGAUCCUGCAUACAGGAGAGAUGAUUAUGACAGAUACUUACGCAGCAGCAGUGGUGCAGAAGACUUUUACCGGAGGAAGGAUGAACCCUACAGGGAUCAAUUCAGAGAUCCAUGGAACGGACGACGUGAGCCUGAGGCAGACGACCGUGUCCGACCUGAAGAGCGGCGGCGUAAUGAACUGUAUCGUCAGUAUUAUGAAGAGCUUCAGCGGCGCUAUGACAGCGAUCGUCCUGUUGACUGCUCUGUGAUAGUCGUCAACAAGGCACAAAAUAGGGAGUAUGCCGAGACGGUCGGGCGGAAGGUCCGUGACUUGGGCAUGGUGGUGGACUUGAUCUUCCUCAACACUGAAGUGUCCCUCACUCAGGCUCUGGAGGAUGUAGGCCGAGCCCGCACUCCCUUUGCUAUCAUCAUUACCCAGCAGCACCAGGUGCAUCGCUCCUGCACUGUCAACAUCUUGUUCGGCACACCGCAAGAACAUCGAAACAUGCCUAUGCAGGACGCCAUGAUGCUCGUCGCCCACAACUAUGACACAUACAAAGUGGAAAACCGUGAAAAAGAACGAGAGGAGAUCGCCAGAAAAGCAGCCAAGAUGGCAGACGAUGUGUUGCUCAGGGAGCCUGACAGAGAGAGCCACCCCGUUUCUGUUCUCACUGCCAUCACUCUGCUGACUGAAAACAGAUUUUUGACUCCGGAAGAACUGGAAGGUCUCAUUGCCUACCUGAAGGACAAAAGAACCCGUUUGGUGCGAAGUGCUGCGGACCCUCUUUCAGCUCCAGUCCAUGUCACAACUCCUGUGGAAGCCCAGUCCCCGGCUGUAGGACUUCCUCCGUCCUCCCACUCUGCUCACUCAGCCUCACAGUCCAGUCACCUCGGCCUGUCCGCUGCGAGCGGCAGCUCGGCGAAUCCAAGCCAUCAGCAGGAACUGCAGGCAAAAAUCCUCAGUCUGUUCAACAGUGGCACCGGGGCGGGGUCGAGUGUCGGCGGCAUCUCCUCCAUCUCCUCACACCCGUCAUCCUACGGUUCCCUCGGCCCGCCCACUUCCCACAACCCCUCUCGUCCAGCCAUGUCCGCCCCGCCUCUAGCUGCACCCCAGGGUUAUGGCGCCCCGUCGGGACGCAUGCCAGUCGUACCCGGUGGUCAAAGGCCUUCCAACUCUACUUCAGGUAUCAAUUUUGACAACCCGAGUGUCCAGAAAGCUCUUGACACGCUUAUACAGAGUGGACCAUCUCUUAACCACCUGGUGGGACCUGGGGCUCCUCAGCAGCCACCCCCCAGACCGGGACCCAACAUGGGCCAGGCCCCAAGUAUGUCCAUGUAUCCUCGACACUACUGAAGGGUGUGGGGAAUUAAUUAUGUGUCCUAAUGAGAGUUACUCUUACACAAGUAAACACCACAUCAAACCUCUGGAGUGGAUUUACCAGCUGUGUAUAGGUAGACUGUAGGAAUGUUUUUGUAAAAGCUUUUAAUUUUUGUUUUCUUUUUUUUUUUUUAUCUUUUUACUCUGGGCAGUGUUCUCAGUGGGUUUAACUUGUUCAGACUACUUAUCGAUUUGUAUUUUCAAUUACUAGCCAAUAGAUAACCGAAUCUUGAUACAUGAAGAUAUGUUGCAUGUGUUGUAUAAUUUAGACCCUUAUAGAACACCUCGGUUUUUUUUCCCAACCAUGAUCUGUCGUGUUUUAUAGGUUUUUGCACAGUUUUAAUUUGUAACACGUUUCAUUGUCAAAACAAUUGUGAUUAAAAACUCAACACAGUUGCUGUAAUAAAA